AUGUCUUCACCCAACAUUUCUUCACCUUCCUCACUGGCUUCUACAUCCUCUACUUUGACAGAAGAAAGGUCAACUUGCAUGAUGGCAAACAUUAUCAAGAAAUAUAAAACUGAAGAACUUAUCGAGAGGUGGGAAGAUUUGGAUCUCGAUAAUGAUGAUUUAUCAAUUUUGCACAAACAAAAAAUUUCAGGUUUCUCUUUUCUGGAGUUAACAGAAGAAAAGUUUCUUAGUAUUGGUUUGGCUUUGGGGCCAGCAACAGCACUAGCAAAAUCUCAAAAAGCAGAAAAUAUGAAGCUUCUCCUACAAAAAUUGGAAUAA